AUGAUGGCAGCAAGGUUUCUCCGCCGUUCUCUCCCCGUGCUGAGGCAAGCGCGCUGCUACGCUGAGGCUGCCUCUGGUGCCCCGCAGAUGUCCUUCACUUUCGCCUCCCCAACACAGGUGUUCUUCAAAGAGGCAAGCGUAAAGCAGGUGGAUGUACCCACACUCACUGGAGCAUUUGGUAUACUGCCUGCCCAUGUGCCGACAUUGCAAGUGCUCCGGCCCGGCGUCGUCACGGUCUUUAACGAUGACGGCUCUGCAGCUAAAUACUUUGUGAGCAGUGGGUCUGUAACAGUCAACGCCGAUUCUUCAGUGCAGCUGCUAGCUGAGGAGGCUGUGCCUCUGGACCAGCUGGAUAUUACUGCUGCCAAGGCGGGUCUGGAGAAAGCCCAGGCUGACCUGGCCGGCACAUCCGACGAGGUGGCGAGAGCAGAGGUCCAAAUCAGCAUAGACGCCCAUGAAGCCAUCGUCAAAGCGUUGGAGUAG